AUGGCCUCUAAACUACCUCAAGAAAUAUUGUCUAUCAUCGCUGCAUAUGUCGCAGCCGACAGCAAGACACUAUCAGCAUACGCUCUGGUUAAUACGAGCUGGCAAGCGGCAUUUGAGAAGCAGAUCUACUCGUCACUUUGCGUGCUCAGCCCGUCGCAGACCAGUAACGUUGUUGUUGGAGAGGACUUGCAGUUCCCCAAGCGUGGAUUGUCGUUGGAGAGAUUGAAUGCCAUCACCAGCGGGCAGCAGAGUUGGCGUGUCGCGAGGAGAAAAGCCGUUCGCAAGAUUCUCUACAAAGCUGCCAUACCACAUUGGCUGAACUACGAACGAGAAAAAGAAGACGGGUUUUCCUACGUCAAUUUUAUGAGAAGAGAGAAUGACGAGGUUUUUUGCAAGGGCGUGCCGCCUUUGUUCGAGGUCCUGUCUUCUUGGGGUGACAAGGACUAUCCCAUCUCGUUGCGCAUUGUUCUGCAAGCCGAACACGUCUACACUUCCGAUCAGGGCGGCGAACCCUUGACCAAAUCUUAUGGUGGAUUUGAUCCGGUGGUUACUCCCUAUUGUGCGGAUCUUCUAUCAGAUUGCCAUAUCGCAACCGCUAGUUGUAUCGCUUCGCUGGACUUCCCUCAGGAUCAGCUACUCACUUUCAUGGGCUCUCAAAAUGGCAUCUCGCCUUGGGCUGCGCUCAAAAUCUCCGCCGCUUGUGGUGGUGAUAAGUUACUCUACAUUCGCAUCCCAGGAGACUAUCCGAUACACCCUCACGACGCCGUCUGCGAAACACAAAAGGCAGCGCGACGAAUGCCCAAGAUCAAACACCUGAUGUUAUCUUUUGGCAACGAAGAAGAUGUAUUGGAAGUCUUCAUGGAGAGAGGGCGAUGGCUGCUUGCCAUUGAGUCGCAAAACAACUACAGCCCUUCAUCGAGAGUGCUGCAAGCAUGGAAAGCAGAUGCGAAGAGCCAGGAUACCAACAGUAAGAGAUUGUUGUCUAUUGCUGAGUAUGAGAGUUGGCCGCCAUAA